AUGGUGUCAACUUGUCCAAAGUGCGGAAAGUUAUUCACCAAGGAAUCCAGUGUCACUCGACACCUCAGUCAGCCCCGAACGUCGUGCCACAGUUCCGCUCGUGAUAUGGUCGAUAUCUUGCGUUUUGUAGAGCCGGAACCGCUGCAGCAAUCUCGAAACAAUCAACUUCAAUCAACGUCGUCCAAAGUGAUUUUCCCGCAAUUCAGUGCUGAAGAUAACACGCUGAGCGUUGACUUUGAUGGAGCCCAUUUCGAGGACGAAGGAGAGUCAUCAGAGGUGGAGGUGUAUGAGGGCGCAGGGACUUGUUAUGCUGUGGACGGUGUGACCCUUCUGGAUCUGUUUGACGCUGAUGAGUAUGCAGAAUGCAGGAAGGAAAACCUGUUCUACCCUUUUGCAUCAAGGGAAGAGUGGGAGGUCGCUGAUUUUCUCCUGCGUUCUCCCCUCAGUAUGGCAGCAAUCAACCAGUUUCUGGAACUCCCUAUGAUCCAUCGGUUGAAAUUGUCAUUCCGCAAUGCUAAAGAGUUGCGAAGCCGUGCUGAGAUGCUACCGAAGGGACCAAGCUGGAAGUGUCAAACUAUUCCUUCGCUCAAUCCCACAAAAACUCCUAUCCGAUUGUUUUGGAGGGAUCCCGUGGAAUGUCUGGAAAGUCUCUUCAGUAAUCCCCUUUUUCACGACCAGCUCGAUUUUGUUCCUCGCCGCGUUUACACGACAUCAGCGCGGCUUCUUUGUGUAUACUCAGAGUGGUUGACAGGCGACUCUGCUUGGGAAAUCCAGGACCAGCUUCCCGGAGGUGCGACAGUCCUAGGCACUGUACUCUCUUCAGACAAAACGAAUAUCACCAAUAUGACUGGUGCCAGGGUCGCUCAUCCACUCCUGUUAGGCCUCGCUAACAUUCGCAUGAACACUCGCACCAAGCUCUCAUCCAGAGCCUUUCUGCUUACGGCUCUCCUCCCUAUCCCGCAGUAUUUGCAUUCAAAGCCACGGAUGCGGGGUAUGCUAGAAGAUCGCCUCAUGCACGAAUGCCUUUCCAUAGUGUUGAAGCCCCUAAUGAAAGCCGCUGAAAUCGGAAUCAUAAUGUCCGACGCGGCGGGAAACGUGCGCCACUGUUUUACGCCUCUUGCAGCAUAUAUUGUUGACACCCCAGAGGCAUGUAUGCUUGCAUGCGUGCGCGGGAAAACUUCGCUGUUUACCUUGGCAUCAUAUCUGGAGUUCGGGGACACUUUUCGUCAUCCCGAGCACACGCGCACCAUCACCCUGGCACAGCUCAAUAGCAUCAAGGUUGAUCCUCACAACCUUGAAGCUUACUUCCAAGCAUGCGAGCAAUACCGACUAAACGGUGUCCAUUCUCCUUUCUGGGCGGACUGGCCGCUCGCUGAUCCUUCAGUCUUCUUGAUGCCCGAACCUUUGCAUCACUGGCACAAGGAGUUUUAUGAUCACGACCUCCAAUGGUGCCUUACAGUUGUUGGAGCGCAGGAAUUGGAUUUUCGCAUAUCAAUUUUGCAGCCUACUACGGGCUAUUGCCACUUUUGUGGUGGGAUUUCGAAAUUGAAGCAAGUCACGGGCAGAGUGCACCGAGAUCUCCAGCGUUACGUUGUCGGCCUGAUUGCUGGUGCAGCUCCUCGUCGAUUUGUGAUUGCAAUCCGUGCUCUUAUGGACGUCCGGUACAUGGCACAGUCUCCUUCGCCUGAUGAGAAUUUACUGGCACGUAUUGAUAGAUCACUUUCGAUCUUUCAUGAAAACAAAGAUGUUAUCAUCUCCUUAGGGGCUCGGAUGGGGACGAAGAAGCCUAUCGACAACUGGUUCAUACCAAAGCUCGAACUUAUGCAGAGCAUCACUGCCAGCUCACGCAAAGUUGGCGCCCUCAUUCAAUGGUCCGCAGACACCACUGAGCACGCUCACAUUUCUGAGAUUAAGGACCCUGCGCGGCACACCAAUAACAACGACUAUGAUCCUCAAAUUUGUCGUUAUUUAGAUCGCCAGGAGAAGCUGCGACAUUUCGCAAUUGCUACGACACUGAAGAGUACUUGCGCUGAUUCUAACUCAGAAGAAUUCUUUGAGGACGAGGACGACAAGGAAGACGAGGAAGACAAUGGAGAUUGUGAUGAACCGAUGGACCCGCGUACUGCGCUCUUAGCACAGCUGAACCAAACUCGCAUCACCACUAACUACUUUACCAAAGCAAAGAAGUUGGUUGCCGCGAGAUGCGAUAACAUUUCUCACCCUCCUCGGACAUUUGUUGCUGCCUCCACCGCUAUUCAUCUCAAUUUUGACCCUACUCGCACAGGGUUGAAAAUCGACGAGGUUGCCAAUGACUUCAACAUACCAGAUUUACGCGAGGUUCUUUCCGACUUCUUGCAACGUGACGCGAGGAACGGAGAAACAGGUCAUGGGUUGGGGGUUCGAAGGAGACAGCUAAUCGACCGUCCCUCAGUUCUUCCUUUUGAACGUAUCCAGAUAUGGCAUACCGUUCGCUUGCAACAAGUUUCCUUCUACGACGCCAGCAUUAUCUUACCCGCACAGACUGUGCAUGCCUUCCCUCCAUCUCCUGGGAGUGGGUGGCCAAAAGGCCGCCGGGAUGCUGUCCUCGUCAAUAUUGAUCGAGCCUAUGAUUGGCCUAAGUCGGGGUUGACGGGGCACCGUGUCUGCGAAUUGCAGCUCAUAAUGCGCCCAGUUCCCCGGCGAGGUUCACGAAUCACAUGGCGAGAUCAAUAUUUGUGCUACGUGCGUAGUUUCAAAACGGGUGCAGUUGAUCCAGUCACCGAGAUGCACGUAUUGAAACGCUGUAAACAUGCCAAUGGCGCGCCAGUGGGUGACAUAGUUCCCCUUAGUCAACUUUGUGCAUUCAUUCAUAUCAUUCCUCAACUAGGUCAUGCGGCAGAUGCACGGUUGACAAAGGCAAAUUCUGCUCAUUACCAUUCAUCUUUUUUCUUAAACAAGUACUUUGACAAACAGAUAUAUGCUGCCCUCUCACAAGGAUAG